AUGGAUAUCGUUUUAGAGGUGUGUGAUACCUUUUUUUUGGAUAAGGUUUAUGCUAAGGUAUUACCAAGAGCAGGACCAUUGGCCGCUAAAUUAAGUAAAUUUCAAACUUCCAAUGGGUUUUUACAAGGGGGAAAUGGAAUGAACUCAACUAAUACUUUAGAUAAUGGGAUUUAUAAGUCAGUAUCGUUGUCAGUUCCAUUACCACUUCAAUACAUUUGGAAUAUGAUUGAUAAUUUUCAAGAUAAAGACGAAAUUUAUGGGUUAGUACCAAAAUUUUUGAACUUUACUGAAUACACCGAUGAAUCAAUUUUAUCAAGAUCGAACAUUUUCAGAGUAUCAUUAUCGACAUUUUUAUUAACUGCAUUAUUUGGAUGGAUAUUAUAUUUUGCCGUUGCUUCUAUUUCAUAUUUAACUGUAUUUGAUAAGAAUAUUUUCAAUCAUCCAAGAUAUUUGAAAAAUCAAAUGUCAUUAGAAAUUCAUAGAGCAACAACUGCCAUUCCAACCAUGGUUUUAUUAACAUUACCAUUCUUCUUAUUAGAAUUAAGAGGAUUUUCAAGAUUAUAUUUUGAUGUUGCAUCAAACGGAGGCUGGAAAGCAAUAAUUUAUCAAUUCCCAAUGUUUAUUUUAUUUACUGAUUGUGGAAUUUAUUUCAUUCAUCGUUGGUUACACUGGCCAUCAGUUUAUAAAAAAUUACAUAAACCUCAUCACAAAUGGAUUGUUUGUACUCCUUUUGCAUCCCAUGCUUUCCAUCCGGUUGAUGGUUGGGCUCAAUCUUUACCUUAUCAUCUUUUCCCAUUAUUUUUCAAAUUACAUAAAGUAAGUUAUCUUUUCUUAUUUACUUUUGUUAAUUUUUGGACUGUUAUGAUUCAUGAUGGUCAAUAUUUAUCAAAUGAUCCUUUUGUUAAUGGUACUGCUUGUCACACUGUUCAUCAUUUAUACUUCAAUUAUAAUUAUGGUCAAUUUACUACUUUAUGGGAUAGAUUAGGUAGUUCUUAUAGAAGACCUGAUGAUUCCUUAUUUGCUAGAAAUACUCAAAAACAAGAAGAAGCAAAAAUUUGGAAAGAACAAACUAGACAAAUGGAAGAAAUUAGAGGUAAAUUGGAAGGUAAGACUGAUGAUCGAGUUUACGGUAAAUAAUUCUUUAUAUAUUUCUCUAUAAAUU